CAGAAAAUUUUCUCCAAGCACCCAGAUUCACGACGUCAUCUUCGAGUAGCAGUAUCAUUAGGUUGGGAACGACGAAAAUUGUGCAAUGUCAGGCAUUCGGCAAUCCAUCUCCGCAGUUCAGGUGGCUAAAGGACGGCGUUUCAAUAACGGAACUGUCAACGGACCCUUUUUACAAAAUAUUUUCCGCGAAAUUAGAAGACGGUGGCAGUUAUAGGUGUAUAGCUGGGAACAAAAUUGGAUCCAUACUUAGCGAAGAAAUUAAAAUAGUUGUAGCAUACAUGGGAAUUUUUGAAGAUCAAAGCGAACGCUCGAUCACCGUUAGAGAAGGAGAAGCCGCCAUCUUGGAUUUACCGGAAAUCGAUUCUACACCAGCGCCGGACGUGACGUGGCAGACUGACGAAGGAGUAACGCCGUACGGACCAAAAUACGCAUAUUCAACGAACAAUCAAUUAGUGAUAUUAUCUACGGAACCGUCUGAUCAAAAAGCUUACAGGGCUCGUGCAAUAAACUCCCAAGAAGGCAAAGAAGAAAAUAGCGCUUACAUAAAACUAACAAUUGAGGAAACUCACGAUAAUAAAGAAAUCGCUCCAGAAAUAAUAGUCGGCCCAAAAGAUUUGAGAAUCGUCAAGGGCACUCCACAAACUUCCAUAGACUGCAUCGCGAACGCUCGACCCUUAUACGAACUGGAAACUUUGUGGUUUAAAGAUGGCAUUCCGAUAGAAACUACCGGAAUAUUGUAUUCUUUUAAUGAUAUAUGGAAUAGGACGUUGAUAUUAAGAUCUGUAAAUACUACGUACAGUGGGCAGUAUGAGUGUCAGGUAAAUCUAAGAUCGGGCGGUUUCUCGACAGCAGUAUCCUCAGCUCAAGUUAACGUUUUGGAAAAACCUGGAUUUUUGAGUUCGGCCAAACCGGAAACUUUAGGAGAAUAUUCAUCAUCUUUAAAUUUGCCGUGCGACGUAUUGGGUAUACCGAAACCCAAUAUUACUUGGUACAGAAAUUCUGAAGAAUUGGAUUUAUCAGAAAAAAGAUAUGAAGUACAGGAAGACAAUUCUUUGCUAAUCAAAAAAUUGUUGAUUAGCGACAACGGGAUGUAUCAGUGUUUUGCAAGGAAUGACGCUGGCGAAAGUUCUUUAUCAACUUGGCUGAAGGUUAAAACUUCUACGCCGAUCAUGGAAUUUGGUCCAACGAAUAUGACAGUUCUAGACGGCAAAGAUGCCACUCUAACUUGUCGAGCUCUGGGUGCCCCAAUUCCGAACACCACGUGGGUACACAACGGUGAGAAGGAAGUGGCGACAUCUAGCCGUGUACAGAUCCUGGACACCGGAGAUCUGCUAAUAGCGGCUGUCAAAGAGACAGAUGCUGGCCAGUAUACGUGUAUUAGGUCCAACGAGGCAGGAGAAGUUAGAGGAUCUGCGUAUGUUCAAGUCUUGGUUCGGACUCAAAUUGUUCAACCACCUGUCGAUACGAGGGUUCUUUUGGGACAAACUGCUACUUUGCAGUGCAAAAUUUCAUCAGACCCAACUGUUCCUUAUCAGUUAGAUUGGUUUCGUGACAAACAGUUAAUUAAUCCUCGUGGUAGCCAACGAAUAAGGACACUUAGCGAUGGUACCCUAGAAAUAGAAGCAGUCCGAGCAUCUGACGUCGGUUAUUACACAUGCGCGGUUCAAUCGCCUGGCGGCAACGAGACAAGAUCAGCUAAACUAUCUGUUAUAGAGUUACCAUUUUCACCAUCAAAUGUCAAAGCUGAAAGGUUAGAUAACGGUUCACAGAGAGCUGUUAAUGUAAGUUGGACCCCAGGUUUUGACGGAAAUAGUCCUAUCAAGAAAUAUAUAGUACAGAAAAGAGAGAUUCCUGAAUUGGUUCCUCCCAUUCCAGGUCCCAUUCCGGACCCUCUACUAAAUUGGGUCACCGAACUGAGCAACGUUUCUGCCGUCCAGAAAUGGAUCUUACUAAAAAACCUAAAGGCCGCUGCUGUUUAUCAGUUCAGGGUUAGCGCUGUAAACAGUGUAGGAGAGGGACCUCCCUCUGAUCCCAGCAAUCAGAUUAUGUUGCCACAAGAAGCACCCUCUGGUCCUCCUGUCGGAUUUGUCGGUUCAGCCAGAAGUUCCUCCGAAAUUAUAACCCAGUGGCAACCUCCUUUAGAGGAGCAUCGAAACGGACAAAUUUUGGGCUACAUCAUCCGCUACAGACUCUACGGAUACAAAGAAAGCCCCUGGACUAUACGGAAUAUUACAAAUGAGGCCCAAAGAAAUUAUCUCAUUACCGAUCUGAUAACUUGGAAAGACUACGUGGUUCAAAUCGCGGCUUACAACAACAAGGGCGUUGGAGUUUUUACGGACGGCGCCAAGAUCAAAACGAAAGAAGGCGUACCUGAAGCGCCACCUAUCAUCAGAAAAGUCAAAGCUCUAAAUUCUACGACGAUUCAAAUAUGGUGGAUACCGCCAGAUCCGCAAAAAAUAAACGGCAUCAAUCAAGGUUACAAAAUUCAAGCUUGGCAAUGGCAUCCCACUAGGGGUCACAUAGAAACCAACAUGAUGACCGUACAUCCAAAUUUAUUGGAUCCUUACGCCGAACAAACAGCUGUUAUGACUCAUUUAGAAAAGUUUACCUCCUACAAUAUUACAGUGGUUUGUUUUACCGACCCAGGAGAUGGACAAGCUAGUGAUAGACAUUAUAUCAAAACAAAAGAAGAUGUUCCAGAUGAAGUUUCGAAUCUGCAAUUUGACGAAAUUAGUGAUAGAGCUGUAAAAGUAAUUUGGCAACCUCCUAAACGGAUAAAUGGUAUUCUAAUCGGUUACCAGAUGAAAUAUCAAAUCAAAGAUGAUCCUAGUACAGUCCGAGUGAAAAAUUUAACAUCUGACAUUUUAAGCAUAAAGGUAAACGAUCUUCAAGCCACCACUCACUACCGCUUCGAAGUGACAGCAUGGACAGAGGUCGGUCCUGGACCUUCUAAAAUUGCCAUAAUUCAAUCCGGUGUUGAACCAGUGCUGCCGCAUCCACCAUCAAAAUUGGCGCUGUCGAAUAUAGAAGCGUUUUCGGUCGUUUUACAAUUUACUCCUGGAUUUGAUGGAAAUUCUUCUAUAACAAAAUGGACAGUCGAAGCACAAACAUCUAGAAAUGCUACCUGGUUUGUAGUUUACGAAAUAAGCGACCCUGAUGCCACAACAAUUACUGUGACUGGUUUAGUACCUUUCACAGUGUACAGAUUAAGGCUCAUUUCCAAUAAUGUAGUUGGCUCUUCUAUACCUUCGGAAACUACCAAAGAAUUUCAGACCAUCCAAGCUCCACCCGCUUUCCCGCCGAAAAAUGUUACAGUUAGAGCGAUGAGUGCUACAGAAUUGAGAGUCCGUUGGAUCCCUCUGCGACAAAUCGAAUGGUUCGGCAAUCCUAGAGGUUACAAUAUAACCUAUACAGAAAUUCGUACAGGAUUCGCGCAUAGUUCCACCAUUGAAGACCACACGGCAAAUUCUCAUGUCAUAAUUGGUUUAGAAGAAUUUGCACUCUAUGAAGUCAAAAUGCAAGCCUGUAAUGAUGUAGGUUGCUCUCCGGCAGGACCUACUGCACUGGAAAGGACCAGAGAAUCAGUUCCAUCAUUUGGUCCUAUGAAUGUAGAAGCCAAUUCCACUUCUUCCACAACCAUAGUAGUAAAAUGGGGGGAUGUACCAAAAGAACACCAAAAUGGUUUGAUUGAAGGUUUCAAAGUCUUUUAUGCCGCCGAAAACAAGUCGCCCAUCCAAUAUAAACAAAUUGCCAGCAAUGCAACUUUUACUACUACCCUCACGGAGUUAAAAAAGUUUGUAAUUUAUCACAUUCAAGUUAAAGCGUAUACAAGACUCGGCGAUGGCGAACCUAGUAAACCAGCUGUAAGAGUUAGAACAUUUGAAGAUGUUCCUGGCGCGCCUUCAAACGUAUCUUUUCCUGACGUUUCUGUAACGUCUGCGAGGAUAAUUUGGGAUGUACCAGAAGAACCUAAUGGAGAGAUUCUUGCUUAUAAAGUCACUUACCAUUUGGAUAAUGUUAAAACCAAUAAUAAAUUUUCCAAGGAGUUUCCUCCCUCUGGUAGAACUUUCAGGUUUACACAAUUGGAACCAGAAAAAUACUAUUUAUUCUCAGUAACCGCCCAAACUAGAUUAGGUUGGGGCAAAACCGCGCAUGCUCUCGUAUUUACUACUAAUAACCGUGAUAUUCCACAACCGCCGUCAAUGCCGCAAAUAAGCAGAAGUCAAAUUCAGAGUCAUCAUAUCACUUUCAGUUGGACGCCUGGCAGAGACGGAUUUGCACCUCUGAGAUACUACACCGUUCAAAAAAUGGAAAACGGAGGACCUUGGCAAUCGUUGUCUGAAAGAGUCGAUCCACAAUUAACUUCGUAUACAGUUUCAGAAUUAAAACCUUUCACCUUAUAUAGGUUUCGAAUACAAGCAACGAACGACAUCGGUCCAAGUCAAUUCAGUCCAGAAUCUAUCGAAGUUAGAACUUACUCGGCUGCUCCAAGCAAAGGUGUUGCUGGUUUGAAAGCUGUUCCGAUUACAACGACUAGUGUUGAAGUGUUUUGGGAACCGGUGGACGAGCAGUACUGGAGCGGAGACACUAAAACCGGUGGUUACAGGGUCAUAUUUCAACCUGUGUCCGAUUUUCCAACGGCACUUCAAGCCACGCCCAAGGAAGAAGUUAUGGGCAUAACUGCAAGCAAAAUGGUUUUAAGCGAACUACAACAAGACCGUAAUUACGAAAUCGUUGUUGUACCUUUUAACACUCAAGGUGAGGGUCCAGCUAGUCCACCAAUCACGGUAUAUGUAGGUGAAGCAGUACCAACUGGAGAACCUAGAGCAUUACAAGGAACACCGGUGUCAUCCACUGAAGUAACGCUAAGAUGGAAACCGCCGCAGCAACAGAUGCAAAAUGGGGAACUACUAGGUUAUAAAAUAUUCUAUUUGGUUCUGAAUUCACCCCAAGAGCCUCAGUACGGUAAAAAAUGGGAAGAAGAAAUCGAAGUAGUACCAGCAUCCACCACCACGCACAGCUUAGUUUUCCUCGAUAAAUAUACCGAAUACAGGGUUCAAGUGUUAGCUUUCAAUCCAGCUGGAGAUGGGCCUAGAUCUCAGCCUAUUAGAGUCAAAACUUUGCAAGGCUUGCCGAGCGCACCAACUAACCUUACGUUUUCCGAGAUCACUAUGAAUAGUUUAAUUGUGUCUUGGGAUCCCCCUAGAAAGAGGAAUGGAGAUAUCAUAAGUUAUAUUGUGACCUACGAAACUGCUGAAGAGAAUGAACGUUUUAGUAAGCAAAAACAAAAAGUGACAACGACAUAUUUACAUGUCCAAAGUUUGGAAGAAGAAGUAACUUAUACGUUCAAAGUCAAAGCGCAAACUAUCGAUUACGGACCUCCGGUGGCCAGUAAUGUAACUACGGGACCUCAGGAGGGUUCACCUAGUACUCCUAAAGAACUUAGUCUGGUAAAAACCUUGUCCAGCAUUGAGUUGAAGUGGUUCAAUGGAGCUACCGGGAAAGGACCGAUUUUGGGGUAUUACAUUGCGUCUAGGAGAAAAGAUGAUAUCAGAUGGCAGACAGUAACAAAAACAACGAACGGUCCCUUACAAGAAUUCACUGUUUUAUAUCAAAGUCUCCUACCAUCGACCUCUUACAAAUUCCGGGUAAUCCCUUACAACAAAUUCGGCAUUAGUUAUCCCGCCUAUUCCGACGAAUCAGUAUUAACCCCAUCGAAAUUGUACAUGGAAUAUGGAUAUCUACAACAUACGCCGUUCUAUCGGCAAACGUGGUUCAUGGUCGCGCUGGCUGCGACUUCUAUAAUCAUUAUUAUAAUGGUUAUUGCGAUAUUGUGCGUCAAGAGCAAAAGUUACAAAUAUAAACAAGAAGCGCAAAAAACGUUAGAAGAGUCAAUGGCGAUGUCAAUAGGCGACCAUCAGGAGUUAGCGAUGGAUUACUAUCACUCUCGCAACGGUUCAGCGAGUACGAACACUCUGAGUAACAUGACGAAAAAGGGCACCUUGUCCCGGAAGCCGCCUCCUCACCAACCUCCUCCGGCUUUGGGGAAAUCACCGCCACGGCCAUCCCCCGCGUCCGUACCCUACAACUCCGACGAAGAGAGUUUGAAGGGUUACGACGAAAAUCCGGACGAUAGCAGCGUCACGGAGAAACCUUCCGAAAUGAGUUCCUCUGAUUCUCAAGGUUCAGAGAGUGAGAACGAAAGCGUUCGUUCCGACCCCCACUCCUUCGUGAAUCACUACGCAAACGUCAACGAUACGUUACGACAAUCGUGGAAACGUCAAAAACCAGUUCGCAACUACUCGAGUUACACGGAUUCGGAACCAGAGGGCAGCGCUGUCGUCAGCCUGAACGGGGGUCAAAUCAUCAUGAACAACAUGGCGCGGUCGAGAGCUCCCUUGCCCGGUUUCUCUUCUUUUGUAUAAUAAAACGUGUGUCAUAAAAAUAAAAUACAAACGGUAGCUGAAAAUUUGACGAUAUUUUAAUCAACUUUCAAUGUGAUCUAUUUAUUUAGUUUUUUUUUUUUUUUAAAUAAGUUAGGUGUAAACGGCGCGUGUAAAUAGUAUAUAUUUGUCGUUAUAUAGUAGGAUUUUUAUUUAUUUUAUGCGGGUUUCGGAUUUAAGGGAAGGCGAAUAAGUAGAAUGCGGAUAAUUUCUACUAUCGAGGUUAUUAAAAUGGUUUAUAUCAAAAUUUUGGUUAUAAAUAGUUGUGAAUUACAACUUUAUGAUGUAAAAAUUAAAUUCUAUUAAUUUUCUAGCGCGCCGUCCACAACCAGUGAAAAUUGUCAUUAAGGUAGCUUUAUUAUUAAUUUCAAGUAGGUAUUUAAUGAAUGAAAAAAAAAUGUGUUAUUUGUCCAAAUGGCAAAAAAGAUGUCAUUUUUUGGUUUGCUAAAGAUACGUAAAAUUUGCUAUUUUUUAACAAUUUUUGUGCUGUAGAAAACUGUUUAACUGCAUAGUAUCAACGAUUUUGUUUUCUCGUACAAUCGUUUGGAUUUCGCUGGUAACAUAUUUGAAAUUACAGCCUUUUGCAUAUCUCAAAUAGAGAUUGUCUCUAUUACUUUCAAGUUCGUAAUCCAUCCGUUAAAUUAUCGGGCAUCGCUAAAAUUGAAGUAAUUGUUUGACAGUUCAAACUUCAAAACGAAUACAUAAAAAUUAUGACGUUUCAUAGAACCGGAAGCUACGGACUUCCGGUUCUGACACCGACAUGUCAACAUCGAAAUGGUGGUCUCAGAAUCGGGAGUCCAGUUUUCACAAACUAUCAAAUUUUAAAGUUACCAUCUGACUUUUAAAUUCUUACUAAAUCCUAUACCGAAGUUUCAAAUACAUAUAUUAGUAAAAGUGAGUGGGGAUUCGUGGUUUGAGAGUCCUGGUGUGACUUUUCAUUCAUUCAUUCUUUUUUCAAUAAGAAAAAAAUACGUAACAUUGGUGAUACAGGGUAAGCUAAACCCAUUGAUCCAUUUAAGUGAUUUACCACUUUAAAGUUAAUUUUAAUGAAGUGGGAAUGGUGUUGUUAACAGGGUCCUUGUGUGACUGUCUAGGCAUGCUAUUCUCACUAUAAAAAACGUAAAAUUGGGCAGACAGUGAAAGCUUAACCCAUACAAAAAGUAGAAGAAGAAGAAGAAGAAUACUUCUAUGGUUACAAAAGUCGAAGUAAUGUCGAUCGGAAUUUUUACAUGAAAGCAAUAAAUCGAAAUGAAACAAAUUUUUACACAUGUAUAAUAAUUGUUUAUACAGUUGGACAAAAAAAUAUGAAAGUCUCAUGUGCAGCUAAAAGGAUACUGAUAAAAUUUAUAAGAUUAAUUUCGUUAAAAUUGGUUAUAGUAAACAUUUCCAUUAUUCUUUUGUGGCUUUUGAAAAAAAAAAGAAAACUAUUCAUGGACAGCUGGAAAAAAUAUAUUUUUUUUUGUUGAUGAAAAGGAAAUAUCACUUUGUCUUAACUACAGUAAAAUAAAAACCUUUCUGUCGAUGAUCAUCAUCCGACCUAUUUCUUGUAAAAAAAAUAUCGCAGAAUCAUUUUAUUAACCUCCAAAAAACUUCCCGUCUCAUAGAUUUUCGUGCAUAUAAUAAUAAAAAGAAAGUCUGCUGUAAAACGAUUUAUUUUAGCUAAUUAUUUAAUACUUGGACCAAAUGUAGGCGUUUAAUUUUUCAAUUGAAUGGAUCUCCCUAUUUUUCGAGAGAUAUUUUUAUUAUUUUUUAUCUAUAUUUAAUAUAAUAUAUUAAGAAAUAUUGUCAAAUUUUCAAAUAUUUAUUAGUAAUUUCUACAAGACUUGAAUGUUAACUAAAAAUUU